GUCAUUUUGACUAGAAAUGGAACAUGAAGUUGACGGUCUGUUUUGGAGACACAAAGAUCGUGGUUCCUUGUGGUUCAGGGAACUUGACGGUUAGAGACUUGACUCUUAGUGGUUUAAAGCGAGUCAGGCAUACUUUACCGAAGCUUGGACCUCAGGAUCGCAUUGUUGUCCACAGCAUCAAUGUGGCCAGAGAUGGUGGUAUGCUUGAUUGGGAUGAUUUGGUUUGCGAUGUAGUAGACGAUCGUGAAAUGGUUACUGCUCACUUUUCGAUUGCUACCCUAUCAAAUAAUGUCAAGGAUUCUUGUCUCAAUCGCCCCUCAACUGGUCUUGAUUCUAUAUUUCAGACAAUUUCUACACCCUUAGUUGUUGAUUUGUGUUCUGAUAGUGCUAUUGAGCAUUCACUUCAUAGUCCUAUCCAAUCUAACGGAGUCAGUGAGCUUGGAGAUAGUGGAUUGAAUCUUGCACCUGUUUGUGGAAUCGGAUUGAAGCAAACCGAUAUUAAUGGUCAUAUCGCAAAUAGACUUCUGCGUACUGGAGAUGGAAGUACAAGCAGUAGUAACUUAAGUUUAAAUCUUAGUAAUGAUAGCUAUGGAUUGCAUCAGCCAAAUGAGGUGCAUACGUCUCAGUUCCCUGGUGACAUCCACGAGUGGUUCUUGAAUAAUGAGUCUUCCCGUGAUACUAAUUCAAUGUCGCAUUCUAACAUUAAUGCAAAUUGUGUCUCAACAAUAUUCUCUUCUGAUGAUAAUAAUAAGAAAUGUUUUACAACCUCUUCAGUUCCUCAGUUGCCAUCUACUACUUGCUGCAAUACAGUAUCAAUUGCAUGUGAACAACUGAAAAGCUCUUCUUUUUCAUGCGAUAAAUCGUGCUCCAAUAGUAUCACCGUAAGUAGUACUGCAAUUUCAAAACAUUGUCAAAGAACACCGCUUUCACCAAAUGUCUUCGAAAUGCUCUCAAAUGCCUUAUCUCGCCGUCGUGAUCUUAUUGAAUCUGGUUGGGAUUCUGAUGAUGAAGAUGAAGAUGUUUGUGAUCCUGACGGAGGUUAUUCGUACGAUUGUGAAAUAGGUGAACAACGGGACGAAUUAAUACCAUUACCAAAUAAUGAUACUAUUGUUCAUUCAGAUACCACGAAUAAAAGUUCAACUCUAACUCGAAAUUCUCCACCUGGACGAAGCCAUUAUUGUUUAGAUGUCACAAAAAGUAAUAGUCAUCCUAAAAAUACUAGUGAUAGCUUUUCGACUGUAAGACAUCUUUUGAUGACUUCUACAUCAAAUGGGACUUGUGAUAAACCAAGUAAUCAAUCUGUUUUAUCCAAUGCAAAUAUUUGGCCCCUCUCCCAUCCAUCUUUUUCUACUUCCGAUACUUCGCAUGUUAAUAUUUCUACUAAUCUCCAGUGUAGAGUACAUUCUCCAGACGAUGAAUAUCAUAUAGGCAUAAAUACUGAAAGACUGAUACGUACAGUUCAAAGUCAUAAUUCGUUUUCCAAUUCAAAUAGUUCUGACUGUUUUCGUACAACUUCAAACAUAGAAUCUGAUUCAUUAGUCAACCGGUCAGAACUCCAAAAUCUCAGUUAUUUCCAACGUAAUGUGGUAACUCAGUAUGACGAUGCUAUUCGACAACAGAAUGUGCAAGAUAUAUCAAAUACCCAUAUAUUAAAAAAUGAUAUGGUUAAUAAUUCCAUUCAUCAAUUGAGACCUGAUCAUAUACAAUCGCGAUUACAUAUAUGUAUAUAA